ACAUCACAUAUCAGUGUAACACACAACAUUGGCAGGCAGCGCUGAGCUGGAGUAGAGAAACAACAACACAUCCAGCAGAUAACGGAAUUAUAUAAGUAUUCAAAUAUAUUGUCACCGGUAUAUUACCGAGUGUUGUUAAGUAGUUAGUCAAUGUAGCUAAUGGUGCUGCGAUAGCUAACAUUAACCCUCAGCAUUUCUUAGCUAGCAUAAGCUAGUUAGCUCGGAGCUAGCUAUAUUUAAUAAUUGUUGGAAAGUCUGGCAACUGGUAGCUAGGUUUCUUAUAACCAUGUGACUAGCCACAGUAAUGUUAAAUAUUAAUUGACAAACAAUUAGCUAACUCGACGUUAAAAUAUGUACAUACAUUCAUCUUCAUUUGAUUUACAAGGCGAGCGAAAAUCUAUGUAUAAACAGUCUGAAAAUAGGUUCUUCAAAUGUGGUGAAAAGACAAGCCCUAUCAGUGUAAUUUUGGUUACUUCGGGUAGCCGAGGGAACAAAUUGCUCUUUAGGUACCCAUUUCAACGGGUUGCAGAUUGCACAUCAUCACUCACGACAAAACAGCGAAGUCCAUAUGCAUUGAACACUACAGGAGAUGUUCUUGAAGACCCAGAUGGAGAUUCAAGAGAACAAACUCCACUAACUGAUGAACAGUUGGUAGCAGGGUUCUCAGACAUCAUCCUCGCCACUAUCUUGGCCACUAAGUCUGAUAUGUGUGGGAAGAAGUUUGAGCUGAAGAUAGACAAUGUGCGUUUCGUUGGGCACCCCACUCUCCUCCAGCAUCCUCACACCAUUCAGGUGUCCAAGACAGACCCCUCACCUAAGAGGGAGAUGCCCACCAUGAUCCUGUUCAGUGUUGUGUUUGCUCUGAGGGCCAACGCCGACCCGUCAGUCAUCAGCUGCAUGCACAACCUGUCCCGGCGCAUCGCCAUCGCCCUGCAGCACGAGGAGCGCCGCUGCCAGUACCUCACCAGAGAGGCCAAGCUGAUGCUGGCCGUGCAGGACGAGGUCACCAACAUGACCGAGACUGAUGGCAGCCCUCAGUCACCGUUCAGACAAAUCCUUCCUAAAUGCAAGCUUGCCAGGGACUUGAAGGAGGCAUAUGACAGCCUGUGUACAACAGGGGUGGUGAGGCUCCACAUCAACAACUGGCUGGAGGUGAGCUUCUGUUUACCUCACAAGAUCCACCGGGUAGGGGGCAACCACGUACCCCCAGAGGCUCUGGAGCGUAGCCUCAAGGCCAUAAGGCCGUAUCAUGCUCUGCUGUUGCUGGACAGUGAGAAGGCUCUGCUGGCCCAGCUGCCUUUGGACUGCUCUCCUGCUCUGGUGCGCCUCAUUAAGACCUGCUCUGCAGUCAAGAACCUGCAGCAGCUGGCACAGGAUGCAGACCUGAACCUGCUACAGAUCUUCCAGAUUGCUGCUCACCUGGUGUACUGGGGAAAAGCCAUCAUAGUGUACCCUCUGUGUGAGAACAAUGUCUACAUGCUGUCCCCACACGCCAACAUCAGCCUGUACUCUCCAUUGGCUGAGGCGUUUGGCCAGCAGUUCCCAGGUCAUGACCUGCCUUCCAUGCUGGCCAAGUUCUCCCUUCCCCUCUCACUGUCUGAGUUUAGGAACCCACUGGAUGCUUCUGUGCAGGAGGCCCAGCUGAUCCAGAUGGUGGUGUGGAUGCUCCAGCGGCGCCUGCUGAUCCAGCUCCAUACCUACGUAUGUCUGCUGGUGCCCCCCAGUGAGGAGGAGCCAGGUCUGCUGCGGGAUGAGGAGCUCCCCCUGGUGGCCCGGGUGGGGGGCCGCAGCCUCAGCACACCCAGUGCCCUCAGCUUCGGAUCCCCAACCAGCAGUGAUGACAUGACCCUGACCAGUCCCAGUAUGGAUAACUCCAGUGCAGAACUGCUUCCUGGUGGAGACUCUCCGCUAAACAGGAGGAUGACCGAGACGUUACUGGCCAGCCUGACAGAGCAUGAGCGUCAGGUCAUCCUCAACAUUCCGGCUGCACAGAGCCCUGAAGACCUGCGCAUGUUUGCCAGGCUGCUGCACUACUUCCGAGGGCACCAUCACCUGGAAGAGAUCAUGUAUAAUGAGAACAUGAGGCGCUCUCAGCUGAAGACCCUCUUUGACAAAUUCAGAAGUGUUCUGGUGGUCACCAACCAUGAGGACCCUGUCAUCUCCCUCUUCCAGUCUCCUCUGGAGUAGAGAGAGUAGAGAGGUCUGUCAUCUCCCUCUUCCAGUCUCCUCUGGAGUAGAGGUCUGUCAUCUCCCUCUUCCAGUCUCCUCUGGAGUAGAGAGGUCUGUCAUCUCCCUCUUCCAGUCUCCUCUGGAGUAGAGAGGUCUGUCAUCUCCCUCUUCCAGUCUCCUCUGGAGUAGAGAGGUCUGUCAUCUCCCUCUUCCAGUCUCCUCUGGAGUAGAGAGGUCUGUCAUCUCCCUCUUCCAGUCUCCUCUGGAGUAGAGAGGUCUGUCAUCUCCCUCUUCCAGUCUCCUCUGGAGUAGAGAGGUCUGUCAUCUACCUCUUCCAGUCUCCUCUGGAGUAGAGAGGUCUGUCAUGAGAUGAAGGACCCUUUCUGAAAUACCAGACGGACAGAAUGAUACGGACUGCUGCUGUACAAAGGCCUUAUUAUGGUGCUUGCUGCUUUCAGCCAACUGGAUAAUAUUGCAAUUUGAGGUAACUAAUAUACUGUACUCAUCUAUCAAUGCACUGGAAAAAAUACUGAUUUAAAAAAGCACAACGUUCUGCUCCGCUUGAGGGAAUGUGAGCAAUGUAUAUAGCUUUUAGGUGAUAUCAUUUUUCCCUUUGUCUCUUAGAUGUUUUACGUUCAAUGCCUUGUUUUCAAUACUACAUGAUUGAAUAA